CGCGCGGCUGCUCCGUCCCGUCCCGAAGCGGCCCCGGCCAUGGCGCGCCCGUCGCUGCCGCUGCUGCUGCUGGCGCUGGGGCUCGCCGCCGCCGCCAAGUCCCCGUACCAGCAGGUCCUGCAGCACAGCCGCCUCCGCGGCCGGCAGCACGGCCCCAAUGUCUGCGCCGUGCAGAAGCUGAUCGGCACCAACAGGAAAUACUUCACCAACUGCAAGCAGUGGUACCAGAGGAAGAUCUGCGGGAAGGCAACAGUAAUCAGCUACGAGUGCUGCCCUGGGUAUGAAAAAGUUCCUGGAGAAAAAGGCUGCCCAGCUGCUCUGCCGCUCUCAAACAUCUACGAGACCCUGGGGGUGGUGGGCUCUGCCACCACGCAGCUCUACUCCGACCGCUCCAACCUGAGGCCAGAAAUCGAAGGACCUGGGACUUUUACUAUUUUUGCCCCGAGUAACGAGGCCUGGGCUUCCUUGUCUGCUGAAACACUGGAUUCCUUGGUCAGCAAUGUCAACAUUGAGCUGCUCAAUGCCCUCCGCUACCACAUGGUGAACAAACGGGUCCUCACGGAUGACCUGAAACAUGGGACAACACUUAACUCCAUGUACCAGAACCUGCCCAUCCAGAUCCAUCACUAUCCCAAUGGGAUUGUGACUGUGAACUGCGCCAGGCUGCUGAAAGCUGACCACCACGCCACCAACGGGGUGGUUCAUGUCAUUGACAAGGUCAUCUCCACCACCACAAACAGCAUUCAGCACAUCGUGGAGACUGAGGAAAGCCUGGAGACCCUUCGGGCUGCUGUGGCUGCUUCUGACCUCAACAGCUUGCUGGAGAGCGAAGGCCAGUACACUCUUCUGGCUCCAACCAACGAAGCCUUUGAGAAGAUCCCACGAGAGAUGCUGAACAGGAUCCUGGGGGAUCCAGAAGCCCUGAGGGACCUGCUGAACCACCACAUCCUGAAGUCGGCCAUGUGUGCUGAGGCCAUCAUUGCUGGGCUGACGAUGGAGACACUGGAAGGAACCACCCUGGAUGUGGGCUGCAGUGGGGAAGAGCUGACGCUGAAUGGGAAGCCCAUCAUUGCCAACAAGGACAUCCUGGCUACCAACGGCGUUGUCCACUUUGUCAAUGAGCUGCUGAUCCCAGACUCAGCUAAGACCCUGUUUGAGUUGGCCCAGGAAUCUGAAGUUUCUGAGUCUAUGAACCUUUUCAGACAAGCUGGGCUGAGUUCUCAUCUAACUGGCAGUGAGCGAGUGACCCUCCUUGCCCCAGUGAAUGAGGUGUUCAAAGAUAAACGCCCCACUGUUGACAGCAAUAUGAAAAAUUUGCUUCUGAACCACAUUGUUAAAGACCAGCUCUCCUCUAAAUAUCUUUACCACGGUCAGAAACUACAGACACUGGGUGACAAGGAACUGAGAGUAUUUGUGUACCGCAAUAACCUAUGCAUUGAAAAUGCCUGCAUUGCUGCCCACGACAAGAGAGGAAGGUUUGGGACACUGUUUAGUGUGGACAAGAUGUUGACCCCACCAACUGGCUCAGUGAUGGAUGUUCUCAAGGCAGACCAUCGCUUCAGUACGUUGGUGGCUGCAAUCCAGUCUGCGGGUCUCAUGGAGAACUUGAACAGGCCGGGUACCUUCACCGUGUUUGCUCCAACCAACGAAGCUUUCCAAGCCAUGCCACAAGGGGAACUCAACAAACUGAUGGGUAACGCCAAGGAGCUUGCCAGCAUCCUCAAGUUCCACAUGGCUGAUGAGAUCCUGGUGAGCGGCGCUGUCAGUGCGCUUGUGCGGCUCAGGUCCAUGCAGGGAGACAAGUUGGAAGUCAGCAUGAAAAACCACGUAAUACACGUCAACAAGGAGCCCAUUGCUGAAAGCGACAUCAUGGCCACGAACGGAGUGAUUCAUGCUGUGAGCUCCGUCUUGCAGCCUCAGGCUUCAAGGCCACAAGAAAGAGGUGAUGAGCCUGCAGAUCCCGCAUUAGAGAUCUUCAAACAGGCAUCUGCUUUGUCAAAGGUUUCUCAAAGGAAUCCUCGACUAGCACCCGUCUACUCCCGGCUACUGGCAAAGAUGAAGGAGAACUCGGGUGGGUUCUGACCGCAGUCAGUGCCUCCAUCCCCCGCCCUGCCCAUGCCACGGGGAAGGACAGAAUCGUUGAAAACCAAAUAUCGCCCUUAAAUUUAUUUUUGUUUCCAAUGGAAUGGAUUGGAAAAAUGAAAAGCCAUAUAUAUAUGUAUAUAUUUUUAAGACCGUUUUUAUUUGUUUUUGACCACAAAGUUUCCACCUUGAGGAUAGUUGGGUUGGGUUUUUUGGUUGGGUGUUUUUUUUGUUUGUUUUGUUUUUUUUUUAACAAAGUAGUCAUUAAUUUGCAGUUUUUGACAUACCCAGUUUUGGGCUUGCUACCUAUGAUGGACAAGGGCAGGCGCCUAAUUCAGCCCUGAUUCAGCAGCACAGAGAGAUGCUUAGAGCUCGCCCUGGGGCUGCCUCUCUUGGGGGUGAAUUAAGGCUCCUGCUCCAGGCUCGCAUCUGCAAAGUCCAGGCUCCCAAAGUGGGAAGCUGGGCAUGAGCUCACCAAAACCCUCUCCAAACCAGGGCCAGGAGUGGGAAAUGUUGGGCACAAUGGCCUGUGGAUGUUCAGCUUUCUGAGCAAGUGUAUCACCAGAGGCCAGCUGUACCACCAGUGGGGACUGAUUUGGAAGAAGUAAAUCUGUUGAAUUCGCUAACCAGUACCCAAACAAUAUUUUUUGUGUGUUUUUUUUUUUAAUUAUUAUUUUAUUGGUUUUUUUUUUUUUGAACAAACAUUGGUUUCCUUCUUCUCCUUUGUUUUUAAAGUCAACCAUACGAUUCUCAUUUGAAGGCUUUUAACAAAAAAGCCUCUAUUGACUUUGAAGAAACUGCAUAAUUAUAAGCUAUGGAUUGAACAGUUCUCUCUUUUUUUUUCUUAAUUGGGUUUUGUUUAUGCCUAUGGAUUUUAAUUGUGCUGCAUUUUGAUCACAAAAAAUAUUGAAAUGAGAGUUCUCCCUGGCAGAAGCCUUCCAGUAAAUGGUGCCUUUGUAAUAAUGGUUGUGGUUUUUUUUUUUCUUUUGUAAUA